GAGCUGUUUUGUCCGCCGGUGAGCAUCCACACAGAGCUGGUGGGCGAGCCCGGUCAGCAGGUGCUGGUGCGGGGCGACUGUCUGGGCCAGGUGGCGCUCUGGAGGCUGCCGCAGCUCACCAACACGCAUAUACAGCAGCUGAUGGAGCAGCACGGGGAGUACCAGUCGCCGGCAGAGCUGCCGCCCACCGUUCUAUGGAGCAUCGAGCGCGCCUGGCGGACCAUGAAACCGCAGCCGGUCGGAAUACUGGACCAACUGGAGUCUGCUGAGGGCGGCGCGCCGCGUCUCACCUCCAGCAUCUACCUGCCGCUGCAGGAGGGCCGCCUGGUCUGCGGCAGGGAGGACGGCACCAUCAUCAUCGUGUCGGCCACUCACACCGUCAUGCUGCAUCUGCUGCACGGCAAACACCAGAGCUACGACAACUGGCCGGUGCACCAGAUCCUGUCUGGCCACCGCGGCCCGGUCACCGCUCUUCUGUUCCCCCACCUGAGCCACUCGCGGUACCAGAUCUCCCACCUGGUCUCGGGCGGAGAGGACUUCUCCGUGUGUCUGUGGGACCUGAUAAAUGGCGCCCUGCUGCACCGGUUCGUCGUCCAGGCGGGUAUCGUGCUGCAGCUGCACGUGCCGCCGGAGAGCGUCUCGCCGCGAAUGCAGCAGUGCAUCUGCAGUGUGGCGGCCGACUACUCGGUGGCCCUCCUCUCGCUCAAGGAGCGCAAGUGUCUGAUGCUGGCCUCGCGGCACCUGUUUCCCGUCACCACGGUCAAGUGGCGGCCGCUGGACGAUUUCCUCGUGGUGGCUACAGAAGAUGGCAGUGUCUCCGUCUGGCAGAUGGAAACAGGCCACCUGGACCGGGUGGUGCACGGUACCACCGCCCAGGAGGUGCUGUCCGCUUGCGACGAGCACAUGACCGUCUCCACCAGCGAGGGCGGCAUGGCCAAUCCGGCGGUGCACUUUUUCCGCGGCCUCCGGCACAGAAACCUGUCGGCCAUCCGGCACGCAGCCAAGCGCGGGUUGCAGCAGCUGCAGAACUCGCUCGGUAACCAGGGUCAGAACGGACCGGACAAGCCGCGCGCCUACUCCCUGAUGGUGCAGGGCCUGCGCACCAGCCCCUCCGAUCCGGACGCGCACGUGCUGUUCUUCGACAUAGAGUCACUGAUCGUGGACCUUCUGACAGAGGCGUACAGUCAGAUGACCACCGAACAGCUGGAGGAGCACGGCCUCAUUCAGCUGUCCGAGUACCAGCGCGUGCUGCAGCUGACGCAGUCCGAGUCGCCAGACGCACAGCAGAAGAUCACAGAGUUCUUCGGCCGCGUCAAAAACAAGGCUGGGGACAUGGAGAAGCGUCUGAAGGACAAGGACACGCGCGGCUAUCUGUCUCGGAUGAAGGAGCUGAAGGAGCAGAGUGAGGCCAUCCGCGACCAGCUGAAGGAGCGCGCCGAGGGCAGCGAGGACCUGCGGAAACUCAAGUCACGAGCUCAGGUGGCACGUACCAAGCUAGAGGAGAAAAUCAAACACGAAAUGGAGGACAACCCGGACGCGGCGGGCAUUCUGGCGCGGGUGAAGGAGGGAGCCGAGACCAUGGGCGGCAUUAUCCACGCUAAGGCCGGCGGUGUGACGCCUAAAGGAGCCGGAGAAGAGCACAAAGACUCGGACGGCGAGCUGGAGGGCCGGAGUCGGAUCCACCUCGGUCAGACGGAGAACCAGACGAUGGAGAUCUGCCAGCUGCUGCUGUCGCUGAUUCACGCCUGGGGAGUGGAUGCCGAGAUCGACCGGCUCUGUGAGAGCAAACUGGGCAUGCUGCGGCCCAAACACCCAGUCUGCUAUGGGCUCAUCAGCAAACACGGGUUCGUGUCGCUGCUGCUACCGACGUUCCUGGGCGGACCGGCCUCGGCGGCCAUGUCGGCACCUCUCGCCGAGCGGACGGUAACGUUCACUCGGCGGACACACUGGGAGCUCAGCUGCGCGCUCACCUCCAACCAUCUGCUGGCCGUGAUCGCGCUGGCCGACACGCUCAUGUCCAUGAACAACACCAGCUUCAUGUCAGAGACGGAGCGACGCAAACGGCUGCAAAAGCAGUUGACGCGGUCGCUGAGUCAAUCGAACCAGACGCCCAACAAGUCGCAGGAGGGCCUCGUCGAGCUCCAGGCCAACUUCUGGGCGCAAGUCCGAGAGGGCUGGAGUAAGAUGGCCACCCUGCACUGCGUCCAGUUCCCCGAGCGAUUGGACGCCUCUGGUGUCGUGCUCAAGAAACCUCUAGUGGAAAUGCUCGCCAGGAGAUGGCAGGACCGCUGCAUAGAGAUCCGUCAGGCGGCACAGGCGUUGCUGCUGGCCGAGCUCCGCCGGCUCUCGCCGCGCAGUCUGAAGGCGCUGGUCGACUGGUGGGCGCCCAUGCUGCCCUCCUACGGCGAGGCGUCUUCGGCAGCACCGGCGCCGGCCUCCUCGGCGCCGCUGAACGACGAGCACGAUCACACGGACGGAGAGCCGGACGACUAUGGAGCAGAGGAUCAGAUGGAGGAGGAGGCGGCGCGGCGGGCGGCGGCCAACGCUGCCGAGGUCCGCCGUAAACAGGCCACCGCCAUCAUCCUACUCGGUGUGAUCGGUGCAGAGUUCGGACAGGCCGUCUCCGGCGGCGGCGGCCGUGCGCACGGCGUCGAGGGCUUCGGCCUGGGCCCGCUGGCACUGCGAACUAGUCAAGCGCUGGCGCACCUGCUGCUGGCUCCUCCCACGGCCAAGCUGCCGGCGCACACACCCCUGCGGCGGGCGGCCAUCGACCUGAUCGGUCGCGGGUUCGCCCAGUGGGAGCCGCACAUCGACGCGUCGCGCGUGCUGCUCGCCAUGCUGGAGCUGUGCUGCGAGGCCGACGGCAUGGCGCCCAGUAUGACGUACGGCCUCCCGCUGGCCGCGGCCGCCGACACUGCCCGGACGGCGCGACACGCCGUGGCGCUCAUCGCCACCGCGCGGCCACAGGUGUUCGUCACCACCAUGGCUAGGGAGGUGGCGCGUUACAACAGUCUUCAGCAGAAUGCCCAGUCCAUCAACGUCGUGGUACACCACUCUGUGCUGAUGCGCGCCAAGCCGGAGAUACUGCGCGUCAUAUCGCUACUCAUCGAGAAGAGCCACAACGAACUGGUCAAGUUCCUCAUCGAGCUGACGGACAUCCUGCUGCACUGCCUGGACCCGGGUCACCUGCGCCAGCGGCCUCUGCAGGAGGUGUUCCCCGUGGUGGGCCGGUUCCACCAGAUCACCCACUGCACCAGCAGCCGGCGGGUGGCCGUGGGCACGGCUAAUGGAACGCUGGCCAUCUACGACCUCCGGCAGACCAACAAAACACAGCAGCUGCACGCGCACACAAAGGCGAUCACCGCGUGCUCCUUUUCGCCCGACGGCAAGUUCCUCGCCUCCUACUCGACUGGCGAGAACAAGAUCUCAUUCUGGCAGACCUCUGCGGGUAUGUUCGGUCUCGGCCACUCUCAGACGCGCUGUGUGAAGACGUACAGCACUCCGCCUCUGCCGGAGAUUGUCCGGAUGAACCCGCCUCGUCAGUCGCGUCUCGUCUGGGUGGCCAACAAGACGGUCACGCUGCUGCUGUCUGACGGAACGGAGCAGCGCUACAAUGUCUGAGCUGGCGGCGGUAUCAUUGUAGGAGAUACGGGAGUGGCGGAGUAGCGUCUGCGAGAGAACAGGCCCGGUGUAACGAAUAUUCCCGGGACCCUGCAGCCAACAGGUGGGCUCUCCGCUCAGUCAGUAACUGAUCGGAGGAUUGCCAGUGGAGUUGGCUUACACCAACACCACACGAGGUAUCACCAGCGGGCACGCAGUGUGGUGCAACACCAAAACAAGCCUGUCGCCGGGUCACGUGACUCCCGGCCAGGCUCCAACGAGCAUUCCUAAUAUUCUAGCUAGACGUGCGAGUGGCAAGCGCUGGCCGCGACAAGGCUAGCCCAAUGAGGUGUUGUUUUAACUGGCCGUUACCGGUACUGUGUUUUAUCCCAGUGACUGUAUGAAGGGCUGUUGGCACGUACCAGCAGUCGGGGUCGCCGACUCACCAGGUCAUAAUGCUCGGUUGGAGCGGCACGGCGGACUGAGGCCAGUGCGCCCCAGCCCGCUCCGAGGAGGUAGCGCCGCGCCGGGAACGGCCGGCCGACGUAAAUUGUGUCUGCUCCCCGUGGUUUAGUGAUUUAUUGCCAUACAGCGCUGACGGCGCCGGCGGCGGCGGCGGGCCGCGGUUCGAAUUUUCGCCGACUGAGUCAGGCAUCCCCCAUGCGCCGGGCGGCAGCGGAGGCCUGAGCAGCGAAACGACAAUGUUGCCAGUCGUAUAGACCAUUCCCAUUUUGUACUGAUUUGUAGAUAUAUCUAUGUUUAUGUAUACGUAUGCGUGUGUAUCUGUGUCGUAUAUAUUGUAUAUCGAUGGGGCCCGGCGGCCAGCGUGCGACUCAGAACCAUCCUUCUGCCAAUUUCUCGCUGUUAUUAAGCGGCGUCUUCGUCUCCGCUCUGGCUCCUGCGACUCUGCGCCGCGCUACUACUCGCUCUACACGUCUGUCUGUCAACCUGUCUGUCUCAGUCUGUCAAUCUGUCAGUCUGUCGAGCGGCGCCCGCCAGCAAUACAGGAAGGUGGGCGCAGAGAGCGCCGGCUGUGAGCGCUCUGGCCCCCGGGUUGGACGGCCGCAGACCCGUGACGGCGUCCACCGCAGGGUACAGGGUCGGACGGACUCGCCGCCCGGCCGGAGGGUGGACAGCAGUGGCCGGUGGUGUUAAUAGCGGAGCGACACGGUCACAAUAGUCGGCCCCGGCGCGGGUGCAGUCGGCAGGUCCCGGCGGCGCACGGGGCAGCUCGGCCGCCGGCGCACGGGGCUGAAUUUUGAGUUUGUUUAUGAUCAGUCGGUAUGAGCAGUCUCGUCAUAGCCGUUUCCGUAAUGUCUGUGCUAGCUGGGUGGUUCCCGACCCCUGUCAGCCGUGUGAACAAAUGGGUACCGUAUCUUGUGCGUCCAGUGUGUGUGUGUGUGUGUGAGAGAGAGUCGGUACAUAGCGUCUCAGGAUCGGUCCCGAUGGGUCUGCGUGAGUUGAGUGAGCACCGAUUGUCUGUCGUCGAGCCCACGGUAUACGGUCGUGGCCAAUAUAUAGACAGAGAGGUGAA